AUGCAGGGAAUCGAGAAGGAAGAGAUGAUCCGUGGCCGCUUUGAGCGGAUCAUCAGGGAUGCUCAGACCAGAAUAUGCGCAGCAGUGGAGGAGGAAGAUGGGGGUGGCACGUUCAGGGAAGAUGCAUGGGCCCGGCCAGGUGGAGGCGGUGGUGUGUCCAGGGUCAUGCAGGGAGGAAAGACAUGGGAAAAGGCGGGAGUGGGUGUGUCUGUGGUCUAUGGGACCAUGCCCCCAGAGGCUUACAGGGCUGCCAAAGGACACACAUCCUCAAAUGGAGCAAAUGGAGCUUCAAAUGGGGCCAGCGGCGGUGUUCCCUUCUUUGCAGCUGGCAUCAGUUCUGUCAUGCACCCACACAACCCCUUUGCGCCCACAAUGCACUUCAACUACCGGUACUUUGAGACAGAGGAGUGGAAUGGGAUCCCCGGGCAGUGGUGGUUUGGAGGCGGCACUGACAUCACACCAUCAUAUGUCAAUGAGGAGGACAUGAAGCAUUUCCACGGCACCUACAAGCGCGUGUGUGACAACCACGACCCUGCUUACUACCCCAAGUUUAAGCAGUGGGCGGACGACUACUUCCUGUGCAAGCACCGCAAUCAGCGGCGAGGCUUGGGCGGCAUCUUCUUCGAUGACCUCAACGACCGACCACAGGAUGAGAUCCUUGCAUUCAGCACGGAGGCGCUGGGAGCCGUGAUCGACUCCUACCUGCCCCUGGUGCAGAAGCACAAGAAUGACGCCUUCACAGAGCAGCAGAAGGAGUGGCAGCAGAUGCGUAGGGGGCUCUACGUGGAGUACAACCUUGUGUACGACCGCGGCACCACCUUUGGCCUCAAGACGGCUGGCAGAAUAGAGUCCAUCCUCAUGAGCCUCCCCUUGACAGCCAGGUGGGAGUACUGUCCGCCUGUCGACCCAACCAGCCCUGAGGCACAGCUGGUGGACGCAUGCACAAACCCGCGUACCUGGGCUUGA